CAACGAAAAAAACUGACACAUUUUAAUGUGCAAUUUCGCGUGCAAAAAUGCCAGGCGUGGAUCUUUAAAGUUCAAGACGGAGAAAAUUAUGGCAUGUUUGAAGAAAGCUGGUUUGAUUCUCUGGUUUGUUCUGAUUACAGCUACGUUGGCUUUCUCCAGCAAUGACAUGGAUACGUCUGAAUUUACGCAGCGAAGGGCAAGGUACGUUAACAUUUGAUUUAUUCAACUAUUGCAAAGGCGAUGAUCCCUAUAUUAAUCUCCUUAGCUCGCUAGCUCAUCCUUAAAAAUUAAAAUAUACUGUGCAUUGUAAUACUCUACUAACUUUAUUUAUACCGUGCAUGCAUUGAUGGCUCUGUCAAUCUGUCAAACCAUAACCAUCUCCUUAUUGGUCCAGUGUUACAACAUGAGAAACUGGAAAAGCCCAUGGUGUUUGGUCAGUGGCGGAUUACCAGUUAGGGGGCUUGUAGGCUACGUAAAAUUAGCUGGCCUCCAGAUGAUCUUGAUACGCGGAAAAGUACUGGCACUUGUUGUCAAAUAGAAAUCCAUUUUAUGAUUAAAACAACUGAAUAUCUCCUGUAAUAUACUUUAUUUCGAUUCCAUAUUUUUGUCAGAGCUAUAGUUCUCAUAAGCAAACAUAAUUACAAAAUUUCAACUAGUUUCAUAAAGAAUAACGAAAGAUAUAAUUGACUGAAUACAUCAAAAUGGAUUUCUAUCCGGACAACCCUUUCUGAGCGCUGAUUGGCUAAAAUACGAACACGAGAUCACCUGGCUUGAGGAUGAUAUUUCCACGCAAGUUCUGCUGGUUUAGACAACGAUAACAAUAUUUAUUAGGAUGCUUGUGAUGUUACUCUGAAUUGAUCUCCACACCGGGAAGGCUUGAAAAAUAUGCCUGGCCACGGUGGGAAUCGAACCUACGACCUUUGGAAUACCAGCCCAAUGCUCUGCCAACUGAGCUACGCGGUCAGGUGGGUUCGAGUAUGUGAUAUUUCGGAACUGAGUCUAGUUCCUUUAAUAUCAAUGUAAUCUUGUAAUCAUGAUAUUUUCUGUGUUGGUGUAAUGUACUCAGGUGAAUAAGAUGCUUGUGAUGUUACUCUGCAUGAGUGUAUAUCCACACCGGGCAGGCUUGAAAAAUAUGCCUGGCCACGGUGGAAAUCGAACCUAUACGACCUUUGGAAUACCAGCCCAAUGCUCUGCCAACUGAGCUACGCGGUCAGGUCGGUUCGAGUAUGUGAUAUUUCGGAACUGAGUCUAGUUCCUUCAAUAUCAAUGACAUGAUAUUUUCUGUGUUGGUGUAAUGUACUCAGGUGAAUAAGAUGCUUGUGAUGUUACUCUGAGUGGAUAUUCACUCAGAGUAACAUCACAAGCAUCUUAUUCACCUGAGUACAUUACACCAACACAGAAAAUAUCAAUAUUUAUUAAUUAAGGAAAAAAUAUAAUAAUUCUGAUAAAAAGUGCGUUAUCUUUAAAUCAAAGGCCUUUUGAAAGUCUGGGCCUUUAAGCUUCAGCCUAUUCAGUCUGCAUGCUGGGUAACCCGUCGGCACUUUAUUUGGUAGAGCACUUUUCUCGCCACUUUUGGUAGAGCACUUUUCUCGUCACUUUCAGUUGGUAGAGCACUUUUCUGCGUAAUCUGCCGCUGUGUUUGGUAUAACACUUUUUUCGCCACUUUUGGUAGAGCACUUUUCUGGGUAAUCUGCCACUGUGUUUGGUAGAGCAGUUUUUGUUUUGUUUUGAUAGAGCACUUUUCUCGUCUUCUGGCAUGUGACGAGUUCGAGAUUGCAGACAUCUACAUAGUCUCCUACAUAGCCUCCUCUUCAGGCACCAUCACAGUAUUGACGGACAGAAUUUGGUUGAGGGCAAAAUAUUUCUAAACCCUGCAACGUAUGCGAGAUACAAUGAUAUAUUGAACGAAUUAAACCCCGCCAUAUAGAGAUGAAUGGCACAUGUACUAACCAUGGUGGCGCCAGCAACCCACAAAUCUCCGUGAUGCAUUACAGUAUGUUUUAUUUUUCAGCAAUGACCUCGUUAAACGCGAGGAUCUCAAGACAAAACCAUCCUCCUGUCAAGGAUCCCCUGGAUUACCUGGCAGAGAUGGUAUGUUGUGACAUUAAUUUAAUUUCAAGUAAUAGAGACCUGUGCAUCAGGCCCUAUAGGUAUUUAACUGCCCCCUCCUUUAUACCGAGCUUAAUACACUUAUUUUAUAAUAAUAAUAAUGAUUAAUGGUUUAUUCAAACUCUCUCACAGUUACAAGAACUGAAUUAUCGAGUUAUUUUUUACAAUAUUAUCUCAGAAAGUAUUCAAGAAUCGUAAUAUAAAUCUAAUUAUCGGGAUACAAUUUAUCUAAAAUACAAGUCCAUAUUUACAAUAAUAUGAUAAAUGUCAAUUAUGAUAAAUGUUAGUUAUUUUGAUAUAACUGUUAUCAAUAUUCAUACAGGUCGAGAUGGUCGAGAUGCGACAUUACGCGGUGAGUUGUUUAAUUUUGAAAAUUCAUUUAGGGGACCUUGAGACUCUCCCCUAAUUGAGACCGUGUCUAUUUGAGGCCAAUGUUAUACUAUCUUAAACAGUCCAUGUCUAACUAAUAGAAUCAAUAAAAAGUUCGUGGUCCGUGUCCACGUUUGUGGUCGUUGGGAAAAAUGAGCGUGGCUCGAACUGUAACAACUUUCGCCGUUUAGCUGUUCCGCCUUUGUACAUUUUUAUGAGUGAACAUGAACUGAAUGUAAAUCAAGGCAUGAAUACUGCAAGAUAUUCGUGCUGUAUUUAAAAAAUGUUUACCUUGCUUUCCAAAUUACAUGCCAGAUUGAUAUACAGCCAGUCAAGUCAAGUCAAUCUGGCAAUAACUUUUUGUAAAUUGGUAAAUUAUUUCCAUAAAGUUAUAAGUUAUAAUAAACGUUUCCUUUACUUCCUAAAUAUUCGCCAUGUUCAAAAUAAUACAAAUAUUGAAAAUGUUGUUGCUUUGAUGUAUAACUUCCAUCGCAAAAUUAUAAAACGUUAACAUGACCAUCCUCUUCAGUAAGGACAGUAGCCACAAUCAUGCAAUGGAAAUACUCACUCGAGUUAUACAUUGAGGUCAAAGAGUAAUGUUACGUCAUUCUGAGCUAGCUCGCUGAUUGGUUUAGAGUUACUCUUCACUCAGGCCAGACGUUUUAACAAACUGUAAUCCUAAUAGUAACACUCCUAACUUAUUAUCGUAGGCUAUAAAUUUAUUGUAAAUACGAGAUGCCAGGCAGAAAUUGAAGACAUAUUGUAGUAAGAAAGAAGUAUAGAUAUUUCAUCGUGCAUGUGCGAAUUUCUCUGGUCUAGCACUGUUUAACCAAAGAAGCUCAACUUAGACUGAAGACUCUCCAUGUAAUCAAUCUUUGUUAUUAAUUAUAAAACGUUUAUUUAUAUCUUGCAGGCGCACGUGGUGAGAAGGGCGCACCUGGCCCUGCUGGGUCUCCAGGACCACAAGGGGAAUCUUCUUCUACAGGAGGUGUGGUUUACACUAGAUGGGGACGAAAGCAUUGCCCUGCAACUUCGAAAACCUUAGAGAUGUAUUCAGGUAAGAACGUAUUGUUACGUAGGAAAACGUUUCCUAAUAUUAAUAUAACGUUACGGCUGGGUGCUAUGUAAUUCGAGAUUUUUGGACUAUGUGACUUUUGCCUUGAAUCCUUGAUACAGCAGUUUUGAAAUAAAACUGGAUGGAGCAUCUAUUGUCAAACACUGAGUUGGAAAACAUGACUUCAUAUCUGCAUGGGAGACAUGUCCUUGCGUAUUGAGUAUAUUGGAUAUCCCAACAGACUAUUGCCCAUUUGAAAGGGGUCCGAAGUACCUACGUCGGUACCUUAUCCGAGAAGACGCGAAAGUCUAAAAAUUUACUGUUGUCAAUAUAAAGGUAUAGCACUUUUUCUUUCGUUAUUCUAAGACCUUGAGUAGAGAUCCGACCAAGGAUAGAACCCAUGUCUCCUAGCUUAAAAGGCAAACGUGGUGACCACGACACAACAUGCAUGUACUGGAAUUGUACUGUUUCAAAGGCUAUUUUAAUAUUACAUAUAUAGGUGUGAUGGGAGGAGCUCAUUAUACUAACGCUGGUGGUGGCUCAAAUUAUCUCUGUCUGCCUUUGAACCCGAUUUACGAGAAAUACGUUGACGGCGAUCAACAAGCAGCACAUAUGCACGGUGUUGAGUACCAACCCCUUGGUGAACAAAACAAAAUAUUUCCUGAUCGUAAUCUUGACAACGACGAUGCACCGUGUGCAGUGUGCCACUCCAAAACACGUGGUAGUCACAUGAUGAUCCCGGCCCGUAACAUCUGUCCAGCUGGAUGGACAAUGGAAUACAAAGGUUAUUUAAUGGCAGAACAUUAUGGCCAUAAAAGAACCCAGUUUAUUUGCGUUGAUGGUGAUCCAGAAGCCACGCACGGAUCGUAUAAGGAUUUAAAUGGAGCAUUACUUUAUUUUGUUGAAGGUUAUUGCGGUAGUGCAUUACCCUGCCCACCUUACGUCCACGGCAGAGAAUUGACCUGUGUUGUGUGUACACAGUAACUGAAGAAAAUAGAGGCUUUUCAUCGUAGACAUGUAGCUAGUGACAGUAUCACUAUUAAGUCGCAGCAUAAGCAUAAAUUAAUCAAAUUAUGUAUGUCUUAGUACAUAUCAAUGGUAGCACACGUAGUUGCCAAGUGUUUGUAAGCAUGUUAUACCGUAGCCUGCGAACAGGCUCUUUGAAUUUCGGCUAGUUAUACCGUGGGGGAAUGAAGGACUCUCAUUCACAUUAACACAUUAUAGCACAUGUUUGUAGUAUAGAUUUUAGUGUUUUUAAAUACCUGUGCACUAUGAUAAUUUCUGUUAAAAUAUACUGGAUUGC